AUGAUGUGGUUCAAGCGAGAACCGAAGCCGGUAUCGGACAAGGUGGUAGAGAAUGGAGUCGUCGGAAAGCUGAGGAGGAAGAAGGCGGUCCUCCUGAAGCCGACGAGGGAGUCGAGCGAGAGGGAGACUUCCACGGAGAGCGACAAGGAGAGGAGACGGUACUCGGACAUACUCGAUAUGAAAGUGUCCUUAGAACGAAGAGAUGAAAGUGAUGAGUCUCUCUACGAGUCGGCAGAUUGUCACAGCGAUGCUAUUUCCGCCAGCGACGAUGCCUUGCCCCGACUCGGCAAAACACCAACACUCAGUAAAGAAUCUCUUAAACUAGCCAUCACUGACGAAGAAGUUGACCUGAGAGUUAAGAAAGGACACAGGAAAACUAUGUCCUUAUCGAAUCCAUUAGAAAUAGUGAAAAAUUUAGGUGAUGAAUGGUUUGAAACUACAAAGAAAGAAUCAGAAAGAAAUUCUGAUAAGAAAAAAUCCAGAGAGAGUCUUUGGAGCGAAGAAGACAGAGAUUCAAUACACGGUUCUAAUAUAAAGUUGGAUCAAAUAAGAAAAAAUAGUAAGAAGGAAGAUAAAAGUCAGUCUAAUAGCAGGAAAAGUAGUACGAAUGAUGCUCCCAAAACAAGAAAGUCUAGCAAAGGAUCUUCAGUGAGCGCACUCAAUCUGUUCAGAAGAAAGAAGACACCAACUUCAAUGAAACCAGUAGAAAGCGUUUCUGAAGACGUUAUAGACAAUGUGAUAAGCACAGAAGAAAUUUUAAAUUACACUAAAUUAUUCUUAGACGGUGAGAAACGUCAUUCGUCUAUUUAUGACAUGAAACCUCCCCAGGAGACUGACUCUGACGAUGAACCGCCUACAAGUAAAGUAAUUGGAGAACACAGGAGAAGGUUAAGUAGACAGACGUCUAGAAGUAAAAGUAAAGUUAGGGGUAAAAGUCAGUCCGUCAAAGUGAACACACUUCGGAAGUCGCAUAGUGGCACUUUAAAGAAAGCGAAAAAGAAAAAUAUGAAAACACCUUCAGUUGGUAGGAGCAGACAGUCUAGCAUAGUCGAACAAACACCAAUUGUUAAGAAAAAAUAUUCUGAUUCCAUCAAACACAACUCAUGGCUAUUCAGCGGGUCUAAAGACAUAGUUAUAUAUCUAUUCCUGCAUAGUAUUCAGUAA